AUGAAUGAAAUGUCAGUUACUAAUUCGUCUACUGCAAAAUAUGUGGAAUCGUCAACAUUCAGCAUAGCGAACUCGUCAAGUACAACACCUUCAAAAUCAAAUGGAAAUUAUUUGCCAACGACAUCAACAUUAAAUAAAGUUACUUGUGAUGAAGCAUCCUUGCAAAGACAUUUAUUCAAGGAUUAUAACAUCAACGUGAGGCCAGUAACUAAUUUCUAUAGUCAAGUUAAUGUCACGUUGGGACUUACAUUACGUAAAAUUCAGCAUGUUGAUGAAAUUAACCAAGCAUUUACGACAAUUGUAAAUCUACUUCUUUACUGGACGGAUCAAAUUCUUACUUGGGAUAAAGCACACUGUCAUGGAAUAUCGAGCAUUGAAUUUCCAUUUCACGAUAACAUUUGGAUACCUGAUUUAAUGAUAUACAACGCUUUAAAGGAACCGGGUAAACUUGGCAUAAAAGACGCCUUUGUUAGAUUAUAUGACAAUGGACAAAUUUUUGUGUGGACACAAAUUAGCGUUGAAACUGCAUGUGAAAUUAAGACAAAGAAAUAUCCUUUCGAUGUACAAAUAUGUGAUAUAGCCUUUGGAAAAUUCAUCAGUCCUGACGAUAAGGUAUAUAUACAACCAUUGUCAGAGAACAUUGAUUUAUCAGAAUAUGUUAACAUCGCUGAAUGGGAGAUAAUACACAAUCAAGCAACCAUAAAAUUAAUUCCAUUUAACAUAUCUUCUGAUAUUCUUGCAGGCGAGUCAGCAAUCGACACCCUUAACUAUACGGCGAUAAUAUAUACUGUACAAAUCCGACGGUCCUGUCACUUGUGUCUCCAUAAUGCGAUCAUCCCAGUUCUGAUUCUGGCAAUAUUGAACCUGCUGACCUUUUUCGUUCCUUGCGAAAGUGGCGAGAAAACCAGUUACCCAAUUUCUAUUUUUCUAACCUUGGCAGUUUUCCUGACAAUUAUUACACAAUCUUUGCCAGAAUCGGUUGAUGGCGUGUCAUACCUUAGUUCCUAUGUAACAUUUCAACUCUCAUGUAGUGCGAUAACUCUUUGUUGUGCAAUUAUUUCGUUGCAUCUCCAUUACAGAAAAAGAAAUGUAAUGAUGCCCAAAUGGAUUCAUCUGUUAAUGUGUAAAUUCAAUUGUCGCAGAAAUUUGUUUGCAAAGGAAGACAAAACGACGGCAGCAGAAACAUGGAAUUUAGAACAUGACCAGCAAGAACAAGAAGACAAAAUAUUAGAAUCUCAAAACGAAGAAUAUGAUUUAGAUGUAUCGUUUAUAUUUGACAAGACAAUGUUUACAUUACUAACAAUUUGUGAAAUAGUUGCCACGAUAUUUUUUAUCUAUAUCAUAUUUAACUGA